CAACCCAACAGCCUCGCGUGACUCACACAGGAUGAAACUAUUUUCUCCAUCCGCUGUUCAGUCUUCUGCAGCAUUUGUCCUUGAAUGGAUGCGUUCGAAUUUCUGUCGUCGCCCGUGACUUGGGCUAUAACCGUCGUAUCUUGUCUUUACAUUUUAUACAAGUAUGUUACGUCGCAAUUUAAUUACUUUGUUGAUCAAGGCAUCCCUGGCCCCAAGCCUGUGCCUUUCUUUGGAAAUAUGUGGGGACUUUGGAAGAAGAAUACUGCAGAGUACGACGUUUCGUUGGUGAAAAAGUACGGCAAGAUUUUCGGCUAUUUUGACGGCCCAAAUCCAAACCUUUGGAUCACGGAUCUUGAAAUGAUCAAGGCCAUUUUCGUGAAAGAUUUUGACCACUUUGUCGACCGCAGGGCUUUUAAGUUCAAAUCAAAUAUCGUCCGUAAAUGGUUGACGGUUCUUGAAGGUCAAGAAUGGAAGGAUGUCCGCUCAUCCGUCACGCCAGCGUUCACCACCGGCAAAAUAAAGAAAAUGUCCUUGCUGAUUAACGACUGCGUUCACAAGUUAUGUGAUAGUAUAGCUGCACAAACCGAAGGAAAAAUUAAUGCCAAACUGAUCUUCAAUGCUUUCACUAUGGACGUAAUUGCACGAUGCGCCUUCGGGUUAAAAAUCGACAAUCUCGGAGACAAAGACGAUCCGUUCAUACAAAACGCCCAAAUUAUCUUCAAUCCCCCCUCUGUUAAAACACCUCUCAUCCUGCUGCCCUUCACGUAUCCCAAGUUAUUUUCUCUGUUUGGCGAGAGUCUAUUUGUCUCCAAGGAACUAAAAUUCUUUUUCCAGUUACUACAGAAUAUGCUACAAGAACGAUCACAAUCCAAAGAGAAAUAUCACGAUUUCAUUGAAGUGGCUGACGAGGCGAUCUCUGCAUUCACGAAGGAUGUUGGUGGCAAAAAGGUUGCGAUGUGGUCACGAGAGGAAAUAGAAGAGAUUGUAAUGGGCCAGUCGACACUGUUUAUGCUGGCUGGUUUCGACACGACUGCGACUACCCUUACAAGCACCUGUUUUGAGCUUGCCAGGAAUCCAGAUAUCCAGGAUAAGUUGUACGACAGCAUCAUUACAAAACUAGAAGAUCACGACGAUAUCUGUCACGAGUUUAUCCAAGAUAUGCCGUAUCUCGAACAAGUUAUCCUAGAAGUUUUGCGCUUUUACCCAGCAGCUGUGCGAACUGAACGCCAAUGCACAAAAGAUAUAUCUUACGAUAACGGUCGUAUCAACAUUAAAGCAGGAGUCAUUAUCACCGUACCAAUCUACGCCCUUCAUCACAUGGAAGAAUACUAUCCAAAUCCAGAAAUAUUCGACCCCGAAAGAUGGACCCCUGAAAACAAAGCCAAACGCAGUCCUUACAGUUUUAUGGCUUUCGGAGUAGGCCCACGCAAUUGUGUGGGGAUGCGAUUUGCAAUGGAGGAAAUGAAAAUGGCUGUUUGCACACUUGUCAAGAAAUUUCGCUUCUUUACGGUGAAAGAAACUCCGGAGAAGCUCCAAUUUGAUGACGGAUUCCAAAGUGUUUUGCAACCUAUUCAUGCAAUUUUGGGCAUUGAAAGCCGUUAGUCCGAUUUCAACUAAUGUAGUAUUACUGUUGCAUACCAAUCAAUAAAGUUGGAGAUUUGAAAGGUU